AUGAUCGAAGAAGCUUCUGUGUUCUAUGCUCUCACUUCCAGUGUGAUAAAAUCGAUGAAACGCAAGGUGCAUAAAGUAAUUACCUUUGCGCUUUCUUCUCGCUCGAGCGAGCUGCAUUACCACAUCUACGGGGUUGUCACAGAAGGGAAAGCUAUUGCUAAGCUUCGCUUCAAAAAUUUCAAUAAAGAAGAUCUACCGUUCGAGUUUGGCCGCGUUAAAAGAACAGAAAUGUUUCACCCACCUGUAGUGAUACACCACGACCUGAGAAAAUUACCCUUCAAAACUUUCCUGAAGAUUAUUAAUCAAAAUGACGUUUUACUUUCUGGACCCGCUGGUGCUGGCAAGACGACCCUACUUCAGAACAUAGCCUUACAAUUUGUUGAAUCGCAAACGAACGCGGCUAACAUUUCAGAGCAGUUUGAGAUCCUCAUCUACAUUGAGUGCAGGGACCGAAAUAAAAGUAAUUUGUAUCAAAUAAUUGGAGACCAAUUCGCAAAACUCUGCGAGAAAAUAAGCGAAACAAAUGUUCUGAAUGCCCUCGCGCAUCUCCGCGUGCUCUUCUUGGUCGAUGGAUUUGAUGAAGCUAACAAAGAAUCCGAGGGAGUUUUGCGUGAUCUCCUAAAGAGAACGUGGCACCCAAAAUCUCGCAUUCUCAUUACAACCCUCCCUCAGGCGGUGGAAGAACUGAAAAAAUUCAUUGCUGAAGAAGGCGGCAAGCGUUUUUCAGCUUUAGAUGAGUACAAAAUCGCACCUCUGUCUGACCUCAAAUCACAGAUGAGGUUCAUUGGGAGGUAUGUACAAAAGCUGACUAAUGACCCAGUUUCGGCUUUUGCAAUGCAAGAAACAUUUUCGGAACUUGACCCACUACUACGGGUGAAAUUUACGGAGCCAAUCGUAUUACUUUACUACUGCUUCAUUUUCAAAAAAUCUCCGGAAAAUAUCAAGCGAUGGAAAACAUUCAUCGACGUGUCAAGAGACAUGUUACAGCUACAAAAAAACUCCCUAGUUGCAAAGCUCAACGUGUUCGACAACAAAGAUCUACUAAUUGAUGACCUAUUUGUUGGCAUUGGCAAGUUUGCUCUACAGUUUCUGAACUGUAACAAAACCACCUUUACGGACGAAGAGAUCUCACAAUUGAAGCGUCAAUGCCAGAAAAAAGUUAUGUCUCAAGAGGCUGACAAGGAUAUAUGCGAUGUGUUUCUCUCAUCAGCACUCAAAAUGAAAACAUCGCUAUCGAACAGCUCCUAUACAACAUUCUCGUUUGCCCAUAAAUCACUCCAGGAAAGAUCAGCUGCUUUAUAUGUUACAGAGCGACUGAGGAAUACAGAUGAACCCCUACUGAAAGUAUUGAAAGGAGAAGGGCCAGCGAACCCGAGAAAUGUGGAAGUGGAAGUACUGAUGCAUGUCAUAGAGGAUUUGAGCAGCAGCAGUCCAAAGGAUUUUAAAAUUCGAUGGCCCGAGCUAAGAGACGCCAUAACGGAUGCCGGUGUCAUCAGCAGCAGCGAUUGGCAGAACUUGGUGCUACGAAAUCCUGACGUCACUGAGCUGGCGAAACGUGCGGCCAAGAUCACGAUCGCCGAAACUGAAGCUUGGAACGUGUUAUCUGAUCGAGAUGUGAUAGCUGUAUCGCGAAUGUUGCCACAUGAGCAGCCAAGACUCAUCAACAUCAAGAUAUCGUUUUCCCAGCUGAGCGCUGCACGCUCCAGCUGGCAAGAUCUGACACGGCUUUAUGGAGGCAAACUUGAGCUGGAGCUCCUAGAAUCUUUUGAUCGUUCGCAAUGUUCGACCAUAUGUUGUGACGAGCUACUGAGGUGCCUCCACGGGUCCAGGUGUCAGCUCACUUCACUGAAGAGCAGCAUUAGCAGCGCGGCAAGCGUUGCCGCGGUGGCUUCUGUUUCAUCGGCGGCCUUAACAGAGCUUGACCUCUCGAUCACCGCCCCUGUUAACUUGGAUGCACUGCAGGGCAAAUACUUGGUUCUUACCCAGUCACCGCCUCACCAGAGAGAGCAGGACGCAUGCAAGGCCGACACCAGCGAGGUCUUGGCUAGUGGGGUGCGCCUGCCAGCCCAGUCUCCGCCUCACCAGGGAGAGCAGGACGCAUGCAAGGCCGACACCAGCGAGGUCUUGGCUAGUGGGGUGCGCCUGCCAGCCCAGUAUCCGCCUCACCAGGGAGAGCAGGACGCAUGCAAGGCCGACACCAGCGAGGUCAUGGCUAGUGGGGUGCGCCUGCCAGCCCAGUCUCCGCCUCACCAGGGAGGGCAGGACGCAUGCAAGACUGAGACCAGCGAGGUCAUGGCUAGUGGGGUGCGCCUUCCAGCCCAGUCUCCGCCUCACCAGGGAGAGCAGGACGCAUGCAAGACCGACACCAGCGAGGUCAUGGCUAGUGGGGUGCGCCUGCCAGCCCAGUCUCCGCUUCACCAGGGAGGGCAGGACGCAUGCAAGACUGAGACCAGCGAGGUCAUGGCUAGUGGGGUGCGCCUUCCAGCCCAGUCUCCGCCUCACCAGGGAGAGCAGGACGCAUGCAAGACUGAGACCAGCGAGGUCAUGGCUAGUGGGGUGCGCCUUCCAGCCCAUCCAUUGCCUCAUUUGCUGUUGCUUGACGUUCAACCCGGCAGCUGUGAGGUCAUCGCCCGGAUCAUUCGCACGAUCGCCCCUGUCGGCAAAAGACUGGGAAGCAUAUCACUGCCAAACUGUUGGUUGAAGGAAGACGAGCUGGUGCAGCUGCUGCUGCAGCUGCACCGCGACGGCAUCAGGAGCGCUGAUAGCGGCCAGACGCGGUACUCGAAUAAUUCCAUCUGUCACGUGAUGCUCCACGUGACAGAUGAUGUCCCUACCCUCCUCGCUCCUGUGGUCUGGAAAGCUUUACCUUCUACGGUGCCAAAGGCAUGGGAAGCUUUACCUUCUACUGAGCCAAAGGCAUGGGAAACUUUACCUUCUACUGAGCCAAAGGCAUGGAAACCUUCACCUUAUACUGAGCCAAAGACAUGGAAACUUUACCCUUGUUUUGAACCAAUGGCAUCGAAAGUUUCACCUUUUACUGGGGUUGGGACGAGAGGCUUCCCACGUCGCAAAGAGCGUCAAAGGGCUUUUGGCUGCGCCCCUAAAGUAUGUAGCUCGCCGGACGAACUUCACAAACGACUCAGACCACAGCACCGUGGGGUGCAGAUAUUUCCCGAAUCAUCGUCGUCCUUAGUAACAAAGUCUGCCGACGGUCAGAGUAGUCCUGUCUCUCAGGAUUUGAAGUUUGAGUUCCUACCCUGUCAUGAUGAACUUCAACCUGAAGUCAACACCAGUGCCCCCACGUACCAUCUGCCCGUACACCAAUCCGUCCGUAUUGAGGAUAUCUUUGGUGCCGACCAGCCUCAGAGUUACACUGGAUCCAGCAAAAUUAAGGAUAUCUUUGAUGACUACCAGCCUCCGAGUUACAAUGCAUCCGGUCAGAUCAAGGAUAAAGACCAAACUCCAACGUACUCCAAACUUCGUGGCACAAAACCUCUGCUUUGUUACUCUGAUAACAGCCAAGCUCAAAGUUACACUGGUGACAGAGAGACUAAGUGGCCAGUAACAAAACGGGGAGGACAAACAUUGGAUCCGACUGUGCCGCUCAUUUACGGCCCUCAAAGCGGCCAACCAGCACUGAAAAAUAUUGCCCCUUGUGCUGCAAUGAAGCACAAAGAAGAAAAAGAAACUGUAUGGGUGAUAAGGACAAAUCAUGACUUGAAUGCUUUUUAUUCAAUGUUACCACGAACUGAAGAGGCAACGGUGAAGGUAAUGGCGUCGCCGAACGUUUUGAAGACAUGCCAGUGGGAGCAGCUGGUCCAGCACCACGCUGGAGCAAUGUACCUUCAUCUUCUGGACCUGGACUCUGACUUCCAGCCCUGCGACAGCCACCUUCUUCCUUUUCUCAGAAGCAGGUUUGGCAGUGACUGUAAAGAAACCCAGGAAGAUGAGCCUCACUCCGGCCUGCUGAUCGCUGCACCUAAGGCAACUCACAGAAGCUCUCUCCCACACACAAGGAAGUAUGUGUACCGCCACUGUUUCUUCCCGUCCAGCAUCUGA